GGGUCCCCGAAUUUUUUUCAAGUGCCUAAUAAGCCCAGUAGAAACAACGCACCUAACGGUCACCGAGAGUCCUAGCCUCGCGUUGCCUUCGAUCACGAACACAAUUCCAAUCCAUGACGCAUCAACAUCAUCGUCCGUACCAUACCUGAAAAGUCGUUACAGAAUCAGAAAAUACAAAAAGCAACGAUUUCUAGCGGAAGAAGAAGAAGAAGAAGAAACAGCUCGUCUUCGAUUUUCGCCAUGUUCGCCAAAUUGUUUCAAAAGAUCACCGCCGGCGCUGAGCAACAGUCUGAUCAGCAUGAUGUGCCUCAGGGAAGUCUGACACCCGCAGACUUGGAUAUACGCGUAACUCUUCACUAUGGGAUCCCAUCUACUGCAUCCAUUCUUGCUUUCGACCCAAUUCAAAGCCUGUUGGCAAUAGGAACGCUGGAUGGGAGGAUAAAAGUGAUUGGUGGUGACAAUAUAGAAGCGCUUCUUAUAUCUCCUAAGCAGCUGCCCUUUAAAAACUUAGAGUUCUUACAAAAUCAAGGUUUUGUAGCAAGCAUAUCAAGUGAAAAUGAAAUUCAGGUUUGGGAUUUGGAACACAGGCAAAUAGCUUCUACUUUACAGUGGGAGUCCAAUAUAACUUCUUUCUCUGUCAUUUAUGGCACCCCUUACAUGUAUAUAGGAUGUGAGUAUGGGAUGGUGUCUGUGCUAAAGUAUGAUGCUGAAGGCAGAAGAAUUAUACAAUUACCAUAUUGUGUUCCCACAAAUAUCAUAGCUGAGGCAGCUGGGAUGCCAUUGCCUGAUCAUCUUUCUGUUGUUGGAGUUCUGCAUCAACCUAGUUCCGAGGGAAAUAGAUUGCUGAUUGCAUAUGCGAAUGGGUUGAUGAUACUAUGGGAUGCUUCUGAAGAUCGUAUUGUUCUUGUUAGAGGCUAUAAGGACCUCAUAUUAAAGGACAAAACAGUGGUUGAUUGUUCAAAAGACACAGGACAUGAGCCGUCUGAUGAUGUGUUGGAUGAUAGAGAACUGGAGAAAGAGAUAAGCUCUCUCUGUUGGGUAUCUAAUAAUGGAUCAGUUCUUGCUGUUGGCUACAUAGAUGGAGAUAUAAUGUUUUGGAAUUUAUCAAAUGCUGCCUCUACCAAAGAUCAUAAAGCUGAAAAAUCGUCGAAUGAUGUUGUUAAGCUACAAUUAUCGUCGAGCAACAAAAGACUCCCUGUCAUUGUUUUGCAUUGGGCAAAAAGUGGAUCUAAUAAUGAUUGUGGGGGCCAACUCUUUGUCUAUGGCGGUGAUGAAGUUGGAUCUGAAGAAGUUCUAGCGAUUUUGAGCCUAGAUUGGUCUUCUGGGAUAGAAAGUCUGAAAUGCAUUGGACGUGUAGACCUUACACUCAAUGGCUUUGCAGAUAUGGCUCUAUUACCAAGUACUGGUGCAAUGGAGGGUAGAGGCAUGUCUCUAGUUGUAUUGACAAAUCCUGGAAAAUUGCAUUUCUACGAUGAUACUUGCUUGUCUGACUUAAUUUCUAAGAAAGAAACAAAGGCUUCUGCAGCUACAGUGCAGUAUCCGAUGCUCAUACCCAUUCUUGACCCAUACAUGACUGUGGCAAAGCUUGGUUUGGUUUAUAGAAAUGGGAAGUUCUCAAGAGUUCUGUCUGAGAUUGUCUCAGCUGCAAAACUUCAUGCAGCACGUACUUCAGACACAAGUGGUACAAAGUGGCCUCUGACUGGUGGCAUUCACAGUCAGCUUCUUGAGACUGAAGGUUAUUGUGUCGAGAGAGUAUUCAUUGCAGGUUAUCAAGAUGGAUCGGUUCGAGUAUGGGAUGCUACAUAUCCAGCCCUGUCACUUAUUCAUAUUUUAGGAUCUGAGGUGAAUGGUAUCAACAUUGCUGGUACAAGUGGAUCGGUUUCAGCACUGGAUUUCUGCUCUGACACUUUAACAUUAGCCAUUGGCAAUGAAUGUGGUCUGGUUCGUCUAUACGAGCUAAUAAGGAAUUCGGAUGAGACAAGUUUUCACUUUGUGACAGAAACUGAAAAUGAAGUUCACAAUAUGGACCAAGGUGAUGGGCCUUGCUGCAGAGCUGUGUUUUCACUCCUCAAUUCUCGUAUAUGCGCCCUACAGUUUGCAAAUUUUGGAUCAAGACUUGCCGUAGGAUUUGAAUGUGGCCGGGUUGCAGUGCUUGAUACUAGUACAUUAUCAUUUCUGUUCCUUACAGACUGUCUAUCCGACUCACGUUCCCCUAUAAUUUCUCUCACUGUGAAGACAUUUUCAGAUUCUAACAGCUUAAUAAAUAUUACUGAGGUCUCUGAAUCUGAAACUCCAGAAAAUCUUGGAAAUGGGCUAGUGUUAGUAAUGACCAGGGAUGCACAUAUCAUUGUCAUAGAUAGUGCGACUUGCAAUAUGGUUACCAUUCAGUCAAUGUCUCCAAAAAAGAAUUCGGCUGCAGUUUCUAUGCACAUUAUAGAUGGGAGCAAUUUUAUCCCUGAAAUGAGAAAAAAGCAUUCGUUGAACUCAGCUCAGAAAAGUGAAUCUGCACCAACUAAUUUACAGUCUGGAAUUACAGCGCAUGAAGUUGAACUUGACACCUCUGGCGAAACUGAGGAUUUUGGGCAGGGAUUGAUAAACUUAUUCCUUUUACUUUGUUGUGAAGAUGCAUUGUUCUUAUACUCUUUGAAGUCUAUGAUUGAGGGUGACAGUAACUCAAUUUGGAAGGCGAAUCUUGCAAAACCAUGUUGUUGGUCUACAACCUUCAAGAAAGAUGAGAAAGAGUGUGGACUGGCUGUACUGUAUCAGAGUGGAGUCAUUGAGAUAAGGUCUUUGCCAACUCUUGAAGUACUGGUAGAAAGCUCUUUAAUGUCAAUCCUAAGGUGGAACUUCAAGACUAACAUGGAGAAGACAAUGUUCUCUUCCGAUAAUGGGCAAAUUAUGCUGGUAAAUGGGUAUGAAUUUGCUACAGUAUCUCUGUUGGCCAGUGAAAAUGACUUCAGGAUUCCGGAGUCUCUACCGAGUCUUCAUGAUAAGGUCCUUGAAGCUGCUGUAGAUGCCUCCAUCAGCUUAUCUCCAAAUCAGAAGAAUAGAGAGACACAGGACGCUGCCCCUGGGCUUUUAGGUGGUAGGAUUAAGAGCUCUGAAGCAGGUAUAGAGGAGCACCGUGUAUAUGAAGUUCACAAGAAUAGCUUCGCACAUUUAGAGAGCUUAUUUUCAAGUCCCCCAUUCUUAAAGCCUUCCACAGCAGUAACGGAUGACCAAGACAUUGUGGAGCUUAACUUAGAUGAUAUUAAAAUUGAUGAACCCUUGGAACUAGACAUUGGGGAUCUUAACAUAGAUGAUAUUAAAAUUGAGGAACCCAUAGAACUUUCAUCUUCAUAUCAUGAGAGCAAUAACGAAAGGAUAGAUAAGGGGACAGAGAGGGAGAGAUUAUUUGAGGGUUCAUCUAAUGAAAGAACGCCAAGACUGAGGACAGCAGAAGAAAUCAGGGCCAAAUACAGAAAGGCUGGGGAUGCCUCUGCAGCAGCUUCACAUGCAAGGGAUAAGCUUGCAGAACGCAAAGAAAAACUGGAGAGGCUCAGUCAACGUACUGAAGAAUUGCAAAGUGGGGCUGAGAACUUUGCAUCAGCGGCAAGUGAACUCGCAAAGACAAUGGAACGUCGUAAAUGGUGGAACAUUUGACAAGUUUGCAUCAAUUGAUAAUAGCAAGAGUGACUUAGCCCUUGCCAAGCAUUUUUCAGAGGAUGCGAGGGCGUUUUUAUCCAAGAUUCAACUAUAAAUUUGUAUCAAGCAUUCACGACAAUUUCUCAUGUUAAUAUAUAUUGAUAGCUAAUUAAUCUUAGGUUCAUCC